AUAGCAGUGAUCUGGCUUAAGUCGGACAAUUAAUUUAUUUCUUGCUGUUUGUUAGUAUGGAUUUGACUGGAACUCAAAGAAUAUAGAUUAAAGAAUGGUGUAAACGGAAUGGUCAUCUGGACUGGUGCUACAGACAUAUCCUACACUGCCUGUGGCCAUUUGUUACACCUUUAACUGCAUAGUCUCCUUGGACCUUCAGAUGCAAGCCAGAGUGAUUAAAGCCAUGACAGCACUGGAGCUGAGGAGGUCAAUGUGAAUGGAACUAUGAAUAGCUGCUUGGGGGUUACUCUGAACGGAUCAACUCAAACAGUCAUCCCGCGCAAGCAAGAGUUUUUUCAUGUACCUUACAUCGCAGCUGAAGUAACGAUAUCCAUUCUAUCUACAUCUGGAAAUCUGUUGGUUUGCAUUGCAGUGGGACGCAACAAGAAGCUCCAAACCGUCACCAACUACUUCUUGGUCUCUUUGGCAGCAGCUGAUUUCUUUGUAGGCACACUGGCCAUUCCCUGUGCUAUUAUGACAGACCUGGGUCUCCCCCACAAUAAUCUGUACCUGUGCACUACUAUUGUGUACAUGCUUAUCACGCUAACCCAGAGCUCUGUCUUCAGCCUGCUAGCAAUAGCCAUUGAGCGCUAUGUGGCAAUCCUGUUGCCGUUCCACUACCAGAGGCUCCUAAAGCCAAGGAAUGCUAGGCUAGUCAUACUGCUAACCUGGUUUCUCGCUUUCCUUUUGAGCACAGUGCCAUUGCUAGGCUUUCAGAAGCGAUCCAGUCAGAUUAACUACUGCUUCUUUUCCUGUGUGGUGGACAUAGCCUUGAUGGUGUACUUCAACUUCUUUGGUUGUGCUCUGAUUCCCCUGCUGGCGAUGUUUUUCAUUUAUGUUCACAUCUUCCUAACCGUGAGGAGGCAGGUGAGGCGCAUUGCAGCAUUACGCUGUGCAUUAGAAACACAAGCUAGGCAAAAUUCAGCCAUGCGACGCGAAGCAAAGAAGGCCACCUCGAUUCUCCUGCUUAUCUUCCUUUUUGUGCUGUGCUGGAUGCCAAUGCAUAUCAUGAAUUGCUUGCAGCAGUUCUGUCCACAAUGCUCAGUGCCAGUGCCUCUUAUUUUGACAGCAAUCAUCCUUUCCCAUGCCAAUUCGGCCAUUAAUCCUGUGCUCUACGCCUACAAGAUGAAAUCCUUCCGUCAGGCGUUCAAAGACAUGUUUCUUUGUUGUCGAGUUACUCCUCCACUGUCUGAUACUACUGACAGCAAUGGGACUUCAAAAAAACCACAAGUGUGAAAUAAUGUAGGCACUUGCAACAGUAGUCUCACUAAGAAACUACUUAUAAGGAGAACUAUUGAGGGAUAAAUGUGAAAAGUACUUGGUACACAAAUGCUUACAUAAUCUUACUUGGCAAGUAUAUGUUGUGUGUCUUAGUGUCAGCAAUACUGCUAUUCAAAAGUCUGUAAAUAUAAAUAUUAAAGAUGUAACUGAAUAUAAAUACAUUAUUAAGAUUGAACAGAUAAUGCAUCCUAAAUGAAUAGAAAUACAGGUACAUUUUUUUUAGAAGACUAGAUCCUGUGGGAAGCACCAAAAAAAAGUCAUACAAGUGGAGUGGGAGGUUUUUAUGAAACUCGCAGUACAAAGAAAGAUCCUGAUCAUUAGCAUGUGAAUGUGUAGUAUUUCAUACUCACUGCCUGUCAGGGUCUAAAUUAUGGCACUAGUCUAUAUUUAUGUUUAUAUGCUUAUAUUUUUUGGAAAUAUAACCAACAAAAACCAACAAAAUUCAUUAGAAAAUGUGGAACUACAAUGCCUAGCCCAAACCUGUUCCAGCAUGACAAUGCCUCUGUGCACGAAGUGAUAUGGUUUACUGAGGUUGGUGUGGAAGAACAGUUGGUGUGGCCUACACAGAUCCCUGAUCUCAACUCCACUGAAGACCUUUGGGAUGAAUUGGAAAGACAGUGAAUUGGAAUGCAUCUAGACAUCAGUGCCCAACCUCUUGUUAGGCUCUUAUGGCUGAGUGGACACAAAUCCCCACAGCCACAGUCCAAAAUCUAGUGGAAAGCCUUCUCAGAAUAAUGGAGGCUGUUAUAACAGCAAAGUGUAAACAACGCAAUAUUAACAUCCAUAGUUUUGGGAUGGGAUGUUCACUACUGAGGUGUCCACAUACUUUUUUGGCCAUGUAGUGUACAAACAAGCUUAGUGUUUUUUUUUUAAGAAAGAUUCUCGGAAGUUUUUGUACUUUCAUGCUAAGUGGACUUCGAUCCAGAAUAGGAUACAUACUAUUCUGUACAAAAUACACUAAAAAUCACAAAAGACAUAUGCGUUUUUUAAUAGAGGUGCUUCUCCAUAUUGUCUACACAGACCACGGUCUGUGCACAGGGCAGCAUGUCUUUGCUGGGGUCUCCAAAAAACAAUUUAAUUAUUAAAAAAAUAAAAGUUAACUUGUACAUUCAUUGUGUAUGUUAUUCGUAAGCUUACACAGUCACAUUAGAGCUCCAUGUUGCAUCUGAUUGAGCCCAAUUAUGAACUCAAUGAUGAUGUAGCUAAAGUUGUUGAGGAGUUGAAUAAAGUUAUGUGCUACAAAUUGCUAUUUGUUGUCAUCGUUUGUGAAUGAAAAAUCACUUAUUUUACCUGUAGCCCUGUUUUUUUUUUUGGCCAAGUGUGGUACCAUAUCUU